AGCGGCGCGCAGUGACUCACAAGCCACACACACAAGUUUUUAAGUUCGAAAGACGCAGUCUGUUACAGGGAGUCCACUCGGAGGCAGGGUUCAUAGCAAGCUCUCGGUUCUCGGCUACACGCUUGUUCGGGCAAGAGCGAAAAAAAGUUAUCUGCUACUAGGCGCGGUACAAUUUUUUUAUGUCGUUACAAUUAAAACCCAUUUCCCUACACGCCGGUUGAAUUUGUCAACAAUAGAAAAUCUCUGGGAUCUGCUUGCCUGACACCACGAUUUGAGGCUGUUAUUUCAUCAUUGUCAAAGAGGAUUCCGCUGCAUUUCGGAAAACGCCACUUGGGCAGCGUGUGAACACAGCGAAACGGCUCGACCUGUUCAACCACUCUAAAGGCGAUAAUUCCGAGACUCGCUGAAGCUCACCGUUUGCAUGCAACAACAUAAAGACUUGGCAAGUGAAUGCAACUCCAUAGGAGGCUGGCAGCAAGUGAAAAGCAGGGAGAAAGAGCAGCUUCGGAGGUUAAGGAUCCCGCGUAGAGCACCCCUGACCCCCGCCCCGGGCUCGCCCCGCCAGCGCCUGGGCCCGCUAUGUCUCUGAGCAGCUUCCACCUGAUGCAGACGCUGAAAAACUCGCCGGCCGUGCUGCGGCGCCACUUCCGCCGCGACCGCACCGAGAGCCUGUCGCACGGCGACCCGCUCUUCAAGGUGCACUACCUGGGCACGGCCAAGAUCUUCUCGCUGGACCGCGAACAGGCGGAGGACGCCAUCAGCCGCAUGCUGGACGGCGCGCCCGGCAAGCUGAGCAAGGACCACGCCCUGGUGGUGCGGCCGCGCUAUGUGGAGGUGAAGGAGAUCAGCACUGGCCGGCAGCUGACCAAGACCUACCUCCAGGACAUCGCGUACUGCGCGGCCGACACGGCGCGCCCCAACGUCUUCCUCUACAUCUGCAAGCAGCACGGCCAGCAGCUGCAGUGCCGGGUGUUCUGGUGCAGCCGGGCUGAGCGCGCCAAGGACAUGACCGCCUGCCUGGCGCUCUCCUUCCAGCGGGCGCUCAGUGACUGGCAGGACCGCUGCGCCCCCGGCCCUGCCCCGGGGGAUGUGCUGCCCAGGGUGGAGGAGGCGCCGGCCCCCGCCAAUCCACCAUCGAGGAGCUCCACACUGCCGGCUAGCUUUGGAAAAGUUCGCUGGCGGAAGAGGAGCUCGGUGUCCCACAGUCCCCUGAGAACCAUCACGAGGCGGGGCUCUGCUUCUGACAGCGGACCCUGGCACUGAGGAUGGCAGCAGGCGGCCCAAAGGGUUCAUCAUGACCCCCCUGGGACUUGUUCACCAUGGGAAAGGUGGAGGUUGGGAGGGGUGGGUUGACUGUUUGAGUGAGGGGACCACAGCUGGACUUUUUAGACUGUUUCCUUCUGAUCUGUUCCAAAGCAGCACACUGAGUCCCUGUGGCCCAGCUCCAUAUUUACAGGGGCUGCGCUGGUGCUGCCAUUGUGGGCUCCAAGCAGUGGAGUGUCCCCUGCUUCUGAAAGGCGCUGACAAUGGGGACGGGACUGUUGGACAUCUCUGCAUUCUGGAUAAUGCCAUUAAAUGCAGUCCUCAUUAGUGAGUGUGAGGACCCAUGUGCAAUGCAGGCUGGGAUAUCGCUCAAAAAAGCUUAAGUUACGGCAGCUGACGCUGGCCCAAGGUUCUAGGAGGUCACAGACAGGUCGCUAUAUUCCUGCCAUCAUUUUUAUUCAUCUUUUUUUAAACGGUAAUGUUUGUUUUUGUAAGUCUUUGGCUCUCACGCGAUUGCCCCCGGAGGUCAUAGGGAUGUUUUUGGAAGGGGACGGGGGGCGCAAUGGUAAAUCAGAUAGAUGGGUCUCUCUCCAAGGGGUCGGGGUUCAGGGAUGUUUUUUGGGAGUGAGAACGGGAGUGGGUGGCAGAGGGAGGGACUCUUGGCCUUAUGGUUAGACCAUACAGCAAUAAAGACAGGGGCGUUUCCUCGUGUAGUUAGCGUUCGUUGUUGGAGUUUAAGAGUAGACUGUCGGCACAGGCCAUGUAUAGCAUUGCAGAGCACUUCAGUUCACUCCUUACAUUACACUGCACAGCCUCUGUCCUGCACAGCCAGACAUUUGUAUCUGUUGCGGUUGUUCCUUGUUCUGUAUGUUUUCAUAUAUUUCCUUGAAUGAGACCUAAAUUUGUUCCACAGGUUAUGAUUUUUUUGUUGUUUUUUUUUCUGUUUUCCUUCUUUAAUUAAACAGUAUGGUUGAUUUGGUAUUGCAUACCUGGUAAAGCCUGCACUCGAUCCAAAAGUGUAUGUAUUUAGUAUUUAUGUAUUUAGUGUGUUGGGCCGUUUCAGUAUGGCGAGACGGUUAGCCACUGUUUGCUUUGUGACUUUUCUGCCACAGCAGCAUGACUGGCAGCUGUGCGGAAUGCUCACCGUGCACCUGCAUUCCACUGUGGAAAAGAGGCCACGCCGACCUGCCUUCCCUGCCCCCACCAAGCCAGCAUGGCUGCAUUCCUUCCCUGUGUUACAGAACAGUGAAGUUCCAAAGAUUCUGUCUGCUCAUGCCACCUCAGGCUGAUCCCAGCCUCUGAUGAAACCUGUGUGCAACCUGGCCUGGGAGUCUUCAGCAGUCACAUAUUUCGGGACAGUAGUAAUAAGUUAGGAUUGUUUCCUGAUCCCGUGGUUGAUAUUUUAAAUCUGCAGGUACAGACUGAUUUAAGGGACAGCUGUUUUAGUAGCAGGCCCAAUGUGAUGUGUGUACUGCUGUCUCCCCCUAGGGGCAAGAACAUGUAUUACCCUGUGCACAGUUGGUAGAGGGUUUCUAUGGUCUUUUGGUUGGAGGUCCCUCAUCCUGCCUUUUUUUUUGUUUGAUGACUGGCAUUAUGAAUAAAGUGAAGCUUUUUAAAGACAUUUUAAUUGAUUUUAAUUAUUAAAAUGUAUCCCAUUACUGCUAGUGGCACAGCUCCUAGUCAGGAGUUCUGUUGGAGGCAUCAAGGUUUUUAAUGUUUAAA